AUGAAGCAUUAUGUGACUAUCCUGUUAUUCUUUUGUGUCACCAGUGGCUCAUCCAAAUUUUUUAACAAAAAACAACCACCGAAAACCAGGGAACCAGACGACGUUUAUACACUGAUCAAGUGCACAAGGACAUUGUGUUGUUUAUCGGAACUCACAUGUGGAAGUGAUUACCAAUGUUUGUACUUUGGAUUGCCUGUAACGUUAAUGGAACCCUGUGAUGAAGGACCAUUAUUUUAA